UGCUGCCUCUCUCACGCUCCCACUGGAGUUUAGUCGAACACUGGCUGCCCAGCAGUGCUGUUCACCACAGAGAAGGAGAGGAACAGGCAUAGAAAGAGACAGACCGAGAGAGACAGAAAGCGAGAGACAGAGAGAGAGAGAGAGAGAGAGACAGACAGACAGAGUAAGACAAGGACACAGAGAGAGACAAAGUAACAUCAAGAGAAACAGACGAAAGGGGGAUCAUGGCCAGAGAUACUAACAUGGCUCUGGACAUGUCUGUCCUAUAGCAAUGAUUCCACCGUCAUCCACUGGAAUUACCCUGGAUUUUACCUUUGGUGCUUUAUUCUUAUUUAUUAUUAAGUUAUGUUUGGUGCUGUCCUUUGUAUCUAAAUGUUGGCACUUGGCAAAAUGCACUCCAGAGCCAAGUCCAGGAGCUGUGACAACUACCUGAGCAUUAAGGACUCUGAGUCCCUGGACAGUUGCAUCCAGAGCACCCUGUCUGCGCUGUACCCACCGUUCGGCGCCACCGCGUCCACCGUCCUGUGGCAGCUCUUCGGCGUGGUGGAGAGACAGUACCGUGGCGACGGACUCCGCUGCCUCAUCGACUUCCUGAUUCCUGCCAAGAGGAUCCUACAGAGUGUCCAACAGGAGACCCGUGUCCGGUUUCGUGGUUUGCUGUUCUAUCAUGAGGGUUGGCCCCUCUGCAUCAAUGAGAAAGUGGUCCUGCAGCUCGCUCCACUCCACAAGGUCCGUCUGAAGCAGGGAGACUUUUAUCUCCAGGUGGUUCCAUUGGGUCGCAAGGCUGCCAAGCUGGUCAUAAAAUGUCUGUCGGCCAGUGGCCAGGCGAUCGCCGAGAUCCCCGUCCCGGAGAGCAUGUACGGCAACGUCUUCACCACUGAGUUCCUGCAGAAUGUGACCCGCGAGCGAAACCUCCAGCCGCUGCAGAACUGCCUACUCACUACCGGACCGGUCGUGUACCGGACGCCGUGGAAGAACGUGGUGAGUCCUCUGUUCGUCAGCAGCACGGCCGACGCCAUAAUGCAGGCUCGCCGUGGCAGCGCCGGCUUCCGGGGUCAACUGAGCGCCUGCAGUACCUCCGGAUCCACGGGGACCCUGGAUUCACACCUCAGCUCCCACGAGUCGCUUUACUCCCAGGGGGCAGAUUCCACCUUCUCAGAGCCUGCUACGCCGACCGCGGAGGUCCUGGUUGGGUCGGACCACAACCGCACUGGCAGUAGAUCCCAACAGGAUCCAGCAGGACUUUACCGGUUAGAGGAGCAGAACCACGUUCUGAGAGCUCCUCAUCACUCCUCCAGCAACCCCCAGACGGAGAGGCUGUCUGGGGAGGAAGGUCCCGGCCGGGGGGGGCUGGAGGAGGGCCGCGGUGGAAACAGGGAGAGGACCAGGACCUCGUCGUUCAACACAGACCUCAGUAACCCCAGCCCCCGGCGCCCCCGCCACCCCAGGGACUCUGUGUCCUUCGAGACUCGGAGACUGUUCCGGAAGUCCUACAUGGAGGCCUUGCAGAACCCCAUGAAUCUGGGCUCCAGUUCCGAGUCCAUCCUGGAGGAAGGACCGGAGCACGGCCCAGGAGGCCCCCUCAGUCCCAGGGGGGACCACCUGUCCCCAGCCGUGACGCCGGGCAGCCCCUCCACCCCAGCUCAGAGAGAGCCAGGACCCCGCGGGGUCAGGCUAGUGGGGGCCAGAUCGUGGCUCGGGGGUGACCCGAGCUUACCCCGACUCUCUCCGGGCACACCCCUCCUUUACCUGCAGAAGGGGCUGAGGAACGCGGGGGGUCUGGAGAGUCGUGCGGACAGGCGCUCUAAGUCUCUAGAGAGGACUAACAAGGCAGCACAGGUCAAAGGUCACAGAGCGCGCUCUUCCUCAGGAGGCUCUGCCAGUGGUAGCAACCUGCCAUCGCCCAAGAAGCUGAUGAACGGCUACGCGUUGCGCUUUGGCCGGCUGGACCUGGAGGCCCCGAGCUCAGAGAAGAGGAGCAGCAACCCAGUUAGAGAGGAGCCAGGGCAGCACAAAGGUGGCAGCGCUAUCCCCGAGGUCAGACGGCACAGCCACGACGGAGCGCCUUCUCACCACCAACCCGCCAGGCCGUCCGACGGAGUGGCCCUCCAGCCGGCCUCGGCCCCAGUGUUGGGUCUCCACCACCUCCCCUGCCUGGUGUCAGAGGUCAACCCAGAACUCCUGGCCUCUGGGGCCAUCGUCUUGCCUGGAAACCAAGACCGCGGUGGGAGGUCCGUGCUGCAGGUGUGCACCCGGGGGAGGGUGUGGGCCGGGGAGAGCUGCACCGCCAAACACCUCACUCGUCUCCUGGGAUACUACUAUUCCACGCUUCGGAGAGCGAGGCAGGAGAAUGGUGUUACCGUGCUGGUGGACACCCGGAGACAGCAGCCUAGUGCUGCCCUUUUCUCAUCCCUGUCUGGACUCCAGGCAUUAUUACCAAAUGCACUUUACUCCGUUCUGCUACUUGUGGACAAAGAGGCAACUAUCAAGACCGAGAGAGAAAUGACUACUAUUCCGACAGAGAUCGUGACGUCUCUGAAGGCCCUAUCGAAGCACAUAGACCCCAGUCAGCUCACUAGAGACCUGGACGGCACCUUCCCCUACGACCACCACCACUGGAUCAACUUCAGACAGAAAAUCGAGCCAUUUGCCACAAGCUGCAGUGUUGCUCUCUCCUCUCUGAAGGCCUCCAUCUCCACACUGAGCUCCAGCAGCAACAUAGACAGCACUAAGGAGGUGUCUGAAGUGAUGGAGCAGCAGAGACGUCUGAUGGAGUGUGUAUUGGAGGACACGCGGCUCAACAGACUGAGGCUGGAGGGGGGAACGGUUCUGGCUCGCAUCAGGAAGGACGAGGCCUGUGAGAAUGACAACUACAGGGAUGCCGUGGACAUGGUGAAUGCCCUGUACAACCAGGUGGACGAGGAGGUCCACAAACUGGUGAUUCUAUCUAACAAGUCUCUGAAACAACUAGAGAAUCUACUAGAGGUCCGCAGGUUUGAGGAACAGACUGAACAGAUCAAAGUGUGGUUCAGUGUGGAAGGAGAGAAGCACCUCUCUCCCCUGGACUCUCUUCCUCUCUCCUUGGCCACGGUCAAGAACAUCAGGCAGAGUUUGGACCAGUUCUUUGAGGAGUCAGCUCAUCAACAGAAGCAGGGUCUACAACUGGUGAGGCAGGCAGGGGAGGCUCUCCCUAGUUCAGCCCUGCUAGACUUCAAACAGCAUCUGGGAUGUAUCUUGGGUAGAUUGGAGAGGAGGAAGAACCAGCUAGACAUCCUCACCAACCUUUACGAGUUCUACGACUCGGCGGACCAGUGGAUGGAACACUGCCAGGACUACUUCCGUCAGCUGAACCUGGAGAGCAGCGGCGUAAGCCUGCCUCCAGCUGUGCUCCAGAUCCUCCGGGACUACUAUGCCGAGGCCUCCAAGUUCUCCCUGGACAACUUCAGCACCCUCAACAACAUGGUGCUGUCUCUGGACAGCCCCCGGCAGACCCAGCAUUGGAACCAGCUGUGGACCAGGUGUCAGCAGACCAGGAAUCAGCUGGAGGAAAUCCUGGCCCAGGCUUCGGCAGCAGCCACGGCAGCCUCUAGCUCCGCGGCCAGCGGAGAUGGAACCGCAGACGCCCCAGACACUGCCGACAGACGGACCGCCGACGGAGACGGGGCGCAGCACACGCUGGGUUCCGUCUCUGGGAACCCGCCGGUUUCACCUGGGCUUCCCACUCACGGGUCACGGGACACGUCGUCAUCUCUGGAGUCCGAGGAGGACACCAGGUCCCACUCGGAGGGGCCGUUCUCCUCCAAUAACAACAACAACAAGAGCCCUUCCUCCACGCGCUCUUUGACCUCCCCCUCCCUGUUCCCUUUCCCCCCGGAGGGAGACCUCCUCCUCCCUACGCUGCUGCAGAGCCCCUCUGUGUUCGACGACACUGACAGCGACUGCACUGUGGACUCCCUGGGGGCUACGUCCUGCCGCUCCGAGCCCGUGCUCUCCUCGGUGACAACACGCCACCACCACCACCACCACCACCAUCGCAAGCAGCCCCUCAAGAAGAUCAUGAAGAAGACAUCAAGCUACGAGGUGUCGGCGGCAGGGGACGGCUGCGGCGGCCAGCCAGGCAGCCACGGUGACACCGGCCACCUGCAGGGCUACACCGGUGUGUACAUAAAGGGGCUGGAGGUGGCCAACAACGUGGCGGUGGAGAAGAAGCUGCAGCGGCCCGACUUGGUGAGCCCGGCGCUGGGCCGCAGUCGCAGCAUGUCCUCCCCCACCAGACACCCGGAGGCAGAGGGGAGGAAGCAGAGCAGUAAAGUGCAGCACAUCAUGGAUGAGAUGAUCUCCACAGAGAGGGAAUAUGUUCGUUCCCUCAGCUAUGUCAUUGAGCACUACUUCCCAGAGAUGGAGCGUCCGGACCUCCCCCAGGACCUGCGUGGGAAACGGAGCAUCAUCUUCGGCAACAUGGAGAAGCUGUGUGACUUCCACUGCCAGUACUUUGUGAAAGAGCUUGAGGCCUCUGCCCACUCUCCCUUGUCCAUCAGUAGCUGCUUUCUCAGACACGAGGAUCAGUUUGGAAUGUACGCCCUCUACAGCAAGAACAAACCCCAGUCUGACGCUCUGCUCACCAGCCAUGGGAACGAGUUCUUCAAGAACAAGCAGGUGGAGCUGGGAGAUAAGAUGGACCUGGCCUCCUACCUGCUGAAGCCCAUCCAGAGGAUGUCUAAGUAUGCCCUGCUGCUGAAGGACCUGAUCAAGGAGUGUGGCCAGUCCCAGGAACAAGAGCUCUCUGACCUCCGCACUGCAGAGGAGAUGGUCAAGUUCCAGCUGCGCCAUGGCAACGACCUGCUGGCCAUGGACGCCAUCCGAGGCUGUGAUGUGAACCUGAAGGAACAAGGUCAGCUGAGAUGCCAGGACGAGUUCAUCGUGUGGUGCGGACGGAAGAAGUACCUCCGCCACGUGUUCCUGUUCGAAGACCUCAUCCUCUUUAGCAAAACCAAAAAGAUUGAGGGAGGAUAUGAUGUCUACAUCUACAAGCAGUCGUAUAAGACGGCUGAGAUAGGGAUGACGGAGAGCGUGGGCGACAGCGGGCUGCGUUUUGAGAUCUGGUUCCGGAGGAGGAAGUCCCAGGACACCUUCAUCCUUCAGGCUAGCUCCGGCGAGGUCAAGGCUGUGUGGACUGCCAUAAUCGGCAAGAUCCUCUGGAGACAGGCGCUACGGAACAGGGAGUUACGUUUGAAAGAGAUGGUUUCCAUGGGGAUCGGCAGCAAGCCUUUCAUGGAUAUCAAACCUAGCGAGGCUGCUAUUAGUGACAGAGCCAUUGACUACAUCAAGGCGUCAGCAGAGUCAAGGACGAGGGCCUCCAUCGCGGUUUCCUCCUUCGAUCACUCCACGCCCUUUAAGCGCCCCCACUCCACCAUCUCCAACAGCAGCACCUCCUCUUCCUCUUCACAGUCCUCCUCCUCCCUGCUGGGGUCCCUCAACCUGCACCUGUACCCCUCGCCUUCCCAUCUUCACCCUCACCAGCACUCCUACCCCAUGGGCAGUAUGCCCUCCUUCGGCCACUGGCCCUACGACUGUAUCCUGGAGGACGAGCAGGAACAUGAUACAGGGAGUCAACCCUCUAUGAUUACAGAAAGUUCCGGAGAGACCUCAUCCCAGUGCACCUCCAGUGACAGUGGCACGGGCCAGAGUACCCUCAGCCUCCCCAUCCCGGUCCACGGCCGGACCCCAAUCGCCAGCGACGCCUUCUCCCGAGACUCAGCCUCUUCCUUCCUGUUUUCGGCCACACCCCCUGGGCCCUCCCUGAUGUCCCCUCCCCCAGAUGAGUUCCCUAAGGACCAGGACCUCCAAGCCCAGGACAACACCUUCAUCACAGCAAGCAAGACCUCUCACGUAACAAUAGGCCUCUCUACAUUGGUCUGACUUACAGAGAGAAAGGGCUUUUAGCUCACUGUGAGCCCACUGCACUGAGAGCUGCUGUACCAGUGGACCAGCAGGGUCAUUACAGCCACAUGCACUGUGAUGGCUUUACAUGGAAACAGAGGUUUUCCUAAUGGAUACUGCGGUCUACCUGCUGUCACUGCUGUGUUUUCACCGGACACUCUGCUGAGAGAUGGACUCAGUUCUUCCUGCUUGCCACUAAAACCACUCAGUGAAGUCUCAGAGGUCAUCUGUGGAGGUCCAGAAGGGGGUGGACUCUGUUUGGAGCACUAACAACACACUCUGACAACAACAGACGCACAACAGACGCUGUGACGACAACAGCAACAUUGAUACGCCGAUGACGACAGGAACAGACACACUAUUAUCCACUCUGCCAACACAGACACACUCUGAAAGCAACAGACACACAACAGACACUCACAGUUGACUCUGAUGAGUGAUUGAUGUUUGGUGAAAAGAAUUAAACAGUUAAAGUGCAGAGACUGACAGCCUUUUUGGCAAUUCAUAGGGAUGUGGUUGAAAAUUGGACAUUGCUAUAUAUGCAGUAAAAAUGAAAUGUGUCACAAAUACUGGUACGUCAUGAUUUGAAUGUAUAUUUGUUUCGAUUACCUAGAUAUGUACCACUGUUUAUAUUGCAGAUGAGUUAUUGUUUUUUACUAUAUUUUUCAAGGAAGCAAAGAAAUGGAAAGUCCACCGUCAACAUCAAGACAGUUGUGGUGAUUCGUUCACGGCUGUUGCGUUAAGUACAAGCAAAAUGUCCCUGUCUUUACUUAUCACUUCCAGUGCUAUGUGAAUUGUCUGUUUUUACAGUGUUGAAUGUAAUAUUAAAAUGUUCUUUCAUGUCUAGCACCACAA